AAAGUUGCGUGGGCUUAGUUGAAGGAACUUCUACUUCAUAUCCCUUGACUUUUUUUGAAAAAGAAAAAACCCGACAACGCCUGCCAUGUCCGAGGAGCGAGGGAGGAUGGAAGGUUGAUUUGCCCCGUCCUUACUAUGCGAUCCCUGAACAUCACCCCGGAACAGUUCGCGCAGCUCUUGCGCGAUAACAACGUAACCCGCGAGCAGUUCAUCGCGCUCUAUGGGCUGCAGCCGCUGGUCUACAUCCCGGAGCUUCCCGAACGCACCAAGCUGGCCUUCAUGCUCACCUGCGUGGCCAUCUUCGGCCUGGCGCUCUUCGGGAACUGCCUGGUGCUCUACGUGGUGACCCGCUGCAAAGCUAUGCGUACCGUCACCAACAUCUUCAUCUGCUCGCUGGCCCUCAGCGACCUGCUCAUUGCUUUCUUCUGCGUCCCUUUCACUUUGCUGCAGAAUAUUUCCAACAACUGGUUGGGAGGUGCUUUUGCCUGCAAGAUGGUGCCAUUUGUGCAAUCCACAGCAAUAGUUACUGAGAUACUUACAAUGACUUGCAUUGCUGUAGAAAGGCAUAAUGGCAUUGUUCACCCUCUAAAAAUGAAAUGGCAGUAUACCAACAGAAGAGCAUAUACAAUGUUGGGUAUUGUUUGGCUGUUGGCUGCUGCUGUUGGUUCACCCAUGUGGCAUGUGCAAAGAGUGGAGAAUAAAUAUGACUUUCUUUAUGAAAAGGAAUAUGUUUGCUGCUUGGAAGAAUGGCCAAGCCCUGUGCACCAAAAGAUAUAUGCCACUUUCAUUUUGGUUAUUCUUUUUCUUCUCCCUCUGAUGCUGAUGCUGUUGCUGUAUAGUAAGAUUGGUUAUGAGCUCUGGAUUAAGAAAAGAGUUGGAGAUGCUUCUGUCCUCCAGAGCAUUCAUGAAAAUGAGAUGUCUAAAAUUGCUCGAAAGAAGAAGCGAGCAAUCGUUAUGAUGGUGACAGUUGUGGUUUUGUUUGCUAUUUGCUGGACACCUUUCCAUGUAAUGCACAUGUUGAUAGAAUACAGUAAUUUUGAAAGAGAAUAUGAUGAUGUCAGUAUUAAGAUGAUAUUUGGAAUAGUUCAGAUAAUUGGAUUUGCUAAUUCCAUUUGCAAUCCAGUUGUGUAUGCCUUUAUGAAUGAGAACUUCAAGAAGAACUUCCUCUCUGCAAUUUGCUUUUGCAUUAUGAAAGAAAACUUGUCUCCAUUCAGGCAACACAAAAACUUGAAAAUCACAAUGAUGCAGCAUGAGGAAGGGGCCUGUAGAAGAGAGCUGGUUUCCUUGGAAGAGACUAGAAGAGAAGCAUUCAGUGAAGGCAACAUUGAAGUAAAAUUAUGUGAUCAACCCUUUCCCAAAAAGACCUCCAGAAGACACCUUGCUUUGUUCACAUCAGAAUUCACUGGGCAUGCUUCACUGGGAUACUAGCAAAAUGGAUCUUUGUGUUCCAACAUUUGACAAUGGCUUUUCAAGCUUUAUAGUUUAAAUGUUUUGCUUAAUAUACAUAAUUCAAGAUGUUUUGUGUUUGCCUCAGCUAGAGUUGUCCAGCUCAGGCUGCUAAACUGGGUUUAGAUAUGGUCAUCACUACAUUAGGCAAACAGCACACAAUGGUUGCUUUUCAUUGCUUAGGACUGUGUUUUCUUUCUUCAUUCAUUUAAAAAAAGAUUCAUGUGGUUUUCUCUUCUGUUUUAUUGUGUGUUUCUAGUCCAAGAAAAAAACUCCUUGCUCUGCCAGAUGAACUGCAUUUGGACUAUGCGUUGCCUUGCUGCCAGUCAGUGUAUAUAAUAGCAACAAAUCUCAAACAAACAUGUGAUCAUGGAUGCCAUGCAGCUGUUUGAUAUCCUAACAAUCACUAUUUGAUUAUUUUUUAAACUAAUGUUAUUUAAUUCGCUAAUGUGCCAUAUUGAAUAACAAAGGAAAAAACUAGCAACUGCAUUUUCUACACAAGGAGUGCAGAGUAGGUUUUUGAGAUGCAUUUCUGAUAGAGAAAGCAACCUUAAAAGUCAUUCAGAAGUCAUUGUUUGAUUUCAGUGCAUCUGAAAAUCAGCCAUUAAUUAAACAUAGCAUAGCAUACAGUAGUUGACCCAGUGAAGUCAGCAUUAGCCUGACAAGAAAUCUAACCUUACUGUCUAUGAAGAGCAUGGGCUUUCCAAGACACAGAAUAACGUUGCUUAAAUGCAAUUUAGGAUCUGGGAUGCCAGAUCUUCUCACCAGGUUAGAUGGCACAUCGUUUUUUACUCUUCUCCAAAGGAACUUGGCAGUGGUAGCACAUAAAUGCUAAUAAUACUAGCAAUGUUAUCAAGCCCCCUUCAGUGUUUAAUUAGACUUAUUGGCAUAAUCAACAUCACAUCAGAUUAGAAUUGUUAUUCACCCGCAAAUAAGUGUUGGAAGAACAGGAAGCUUUGAAUUUGCUGCGGAAUGAAAAGUCAGCUUGCCAACCCAGCAAGACUGCCUCUGUGGCCCAUAUACAAAGACUAGUGUACAAAUGGCCUGCACUGAAUUCUGAUUCCAGCAUUGCUCACAAGGACCAUUUGGUGAUUUGUUUCCUUAUGUUAGAAAAUGGUUGCAAAAUAGCAGACAUAAUGUAAAAAUGGUU